AUGCGCAUCCGGUACAUGAAGCGGACCAUCAACGAGGAGGAAGGGUCGCCCAUCGACGAACUCUUCUUCAGGGACCCCGACGGCUUCAUUAUCGAGAUCUGCAACUGCGAGAACCUCGAGCUCGUCCCCGCCGGCGCGCUCGGCCGCCUCAGGCUGCCCCGCGACCGCCGCAACCCGCCCGUGCGCAUGGUCGCCGGCGGCGACGAGUAG